AUGGACUUAGGUCACAAAGAGCAUGAUCAUUUUACAUCACUUUCCAUAGCUGAUAAGCCUAGCUCAUUUUUACACUCGGCUUAUUUUUCUCACGAUACAUGGCUUAGGGUUGCAAAUUGCACGGAUUUCUCCUUCAUAUUAGAAAAUGGCAGUGGAGAAAGAAGAAUGCAAUGCAAAGGGGAUGUGAACAAGAGGUACACGGCAUUGUGA